AUGGGUGACUGGCACCUCCUGGGGAGGCUGCUGGAGAGCGCCCAGGAGCACUCCACGGUGGUGGGCAAGGUCUGGCUGACGGUGCUCUUCAUCUUCCGCAUCCUGGUCUUGGGGGCUGCGGCCGAGAAGGUCUGGGGGGACGAGCAGUCCAACUUCUCCUGCGACACCAAGCAGCCCGGCUGCCAGAGCGUCUGCUACGACCAGACCUUCCCCAUCUCCCACAUCCGCUUCUGGGUCCUGCAGAUCAUCUUCGUCUCCACGCCCAGCCUCAUCUACCUCGGCCACAUCCUGCACCUGCUGCGGACGGAGCAAAAGGAGCAGGGGGUCCCGGAGGCUCCGGCAGGGGCCAAGGGUGGCGGCAGCGGUGGGGGUUCACCAGGGGGGCCGCCUGGCCCCAGCCAGGUCUGCGUGCGGGACGCCUGCGGCAGGAUCCGUUUGCGGGGGGCGAUCCUCGGGACAUACGUGUGCACCGUCGUCUUUAAGGCCCUCUUGGAGGUGGGCUUCCUCACGGGCCAGUACCUGCUGUAUGGCUUCGAGCUGAAGCCCCUCUACAGCUGCAGCCGCUGGCCUUGCCCCAACACCGUCAACUGCUACGUCUCCCGGCCCACCGAGAAGACCAUCUUCAUCCUCUUCAUGCUGGCCGUGGCCUGCCUCUCCCUCCUGCUCAACGUGGUGGAGCUGUGCCACGUGGCUGCCACCAAAUGCAAGCAGGGGCUGGCCGAGGGGCACCCUCUUCCCCACAAGCUCAGCCUGACGCCGCCCAAUAGCCUCUCGCUGCAGGCUGGGGAGAAGUCCGGGCCGGAGGGGGCGAACGAAAGCCCCACGUGGGGUGGCAACCAGAAGAGGGGCAGCAAGUCGAGCAGAGCCAGCAACAAAUGGAGACCCAGUGACCUCUCGGUCUAG